UAUCGUUUGUGCCUAUAUUUUAUUUAGCGGUUUAUUUAUUUAUUUAUUUAUUUUAUUUUCCGUCGCUGUCCGAGGCUGAAGCAGCGCGAGCUCUGCGGUCACCUGCAUGAUGUCAUCAAUGCGGGGUUAAACGUGCCGCGAGCCACCGGCCGAUUCGCGACACUGAACCGAAUCACGCGCAGCACCGCAGCCUCGCGCCACACAAUAGAGUCGCAGAACAAUAGCCGCGCGCGGCGCUGCUUUUCCAGCCUACGACGGCGAACGGGCCUAGUUCGUGCGGAGGAGUAUCACCGGGAACGCGUUGAAAGCGCCGCGCUGCGGCGAGAACGGGCCGUUGUGUGUAUUUUGGAGCCCCUCGGGAGGAAGAGCCGCGGAGCACGCGGAACGCGCUGCGGGGGGAGAGCGAGGCGGAUCGAGUGCAGAGAGAGAGGCGGACAGAGAGGGGAGUGAAUGGGCACGACUGCGCCCUCCGCCUCACCGAUAUCCAUCCGUUCUCUACCGACACAGUUAGACCACCGCGGUCCUUCAGGCAGGCCAGCCUGGAGAACCGGAGCCAGCGGCAGCCAGCGGGAUGGCAUGCGCAUGAAGCAGCGGCGGGCGAAGAAACAAGGAAGCGGACGGCUAGCUGCGCUCAGCACGGGCUAACGUGGGCUGAUUGUUGGCGGAUACCGAUUCUAAUGAGCGACCCAGGAGCAUGCGAGCUGAUUCAGAGAGCUGACUUGUUCGGUGAUGUCGGGCAGUAAGGCGCUGGGCGGGGGGGCCGGCGGUGGGGCGAGGCGCAGGCGGACGCGGUGCCGGCGCUGCCAGGCCUGCAUGAGGACGGAGUGCGGCGAGUGUCACUUCUGCAAGGACAUGAAGAAGUUUGGCGGACCCGGCCGCAUGAAGCAGUCCUGCCUCCUGAGACAGUGCACGGCGCCGGUGUUGCCUCACACAGCCGUGUGCUUUGCGUGUGGAGAGGCGGGGAAGGAGGACACGGUGGACUCAGAGGACGAGAAGUUCAGCCUCUCGCUGAUGGAGUGCACCAUCUGCAACGAGAUCAUCCACCCCAGCUGCCUCAAGAUGGGCAAAGCUGAAGGAAUCAUCAACGACGAGAUCCCGAACUGCUGGGAGUGUCCGAAGUGCCACAAGGAGGGCAAAACCAGUAAGGACCAGGCGGACGGCUCGGGCAAACGCAGGCUGGAUAAUGGUGAGGUGGGCCGGUGGAAGCUCACCGAUGACCCGCCUCCUAAAAAGAAAGCCCCACCCACCUCAGAGGAGGGCGGGCACAAGAGGAAAAAGGAGAAGGAGCUGCCUGCGGACAGCGGGCCCAAGAAGAAGAUGAAAGGAGGCCACGAAAAACGCCUGAAAAAGAAACCCAAACAGGAGGCGGCGGAGUCCAAUGGCCCCUCCUCCUCUGGGGGCGGAGCCUCAGGGGUGCAGGGUUCCUCCACGUCAUCUUCCUCGCAGCCCGGAGGAGGCGGUGGUGUGGGCGGGACGUCGAGCGCCGACCAGCGUUCCCAUCACAGAGAGAAACUGGAACGAUUCAAGAGGAUGUGCAUGCUGGAGCGCCGGCCCUCCUCGUCCUCGUCCUCGUCCUCCAGCUCAGAGUCUGACUCGGAGUCUGACUCCGACGACUCCCUGAGGGGGGAGCAGGGGAGAGUGUCUUCCCCGUCAUCGUCCUCGCCAGCCCCACCCCCUCCCGUCGUCUACAGCAACAGCAGCGGCAGUCGUGCGGAGCGGGAGAGAAGGGAGAGGGAGCGGCGUCUGGCCGAGCUCGGCUUCAGUGCCAGCGAGGAGUCGGAGGGGGAGGGAGGGAGGGGCGAGGAGGAAGAGCGGGAGGACGAGCAGGCCGGGGGAGACAAGUCCCGUCGGAGAGGGGAGGCGGGGCUGUCCCAGAGGGGACGCAAAGGUGGGCUGAUGGAUGGAGAGGAUGACGACACGCCCACUUUGGACAGGACCAGGAAAAACUCCGCCUCCCUGCCCCCGCCCUCACCGCUGUCCUCCAGUCAGAUGGCUCCGUCCUCGCAGCAUGACAGCUUCACCGGGAAGCAGCGCAGCAACGGGCAGGAGGCGCGCAACGGCCGGACACGUGGAGGCACGGGGGGAGGAGGGGGCGGGGAGAAGGAGAACGCGAGCGGAGCUCUGACCAAUCACAGACACGGCGGGGGCGGAGCGGGUGGGACCAAAGGUAGCGGCAACCGUGGCAACAAGAUCCGAAACAACAAGAACCAGACGUCUAGAAACAGCACCUCCUCCUCCUCCUCAAUCCCCACCUCCAAUGGCGGGGGGGGCGGGGCCAGCGGACUCAUGAUGUCAGCCAUGGCGGCGUCGCCCUGCUCGCAGCCGUCCCGCCUCGGCCCUCGCUCUCAGAUGAUGAAGCGCAGCCCGCCGGCCGUACCCUCGCCUCCCCGCCCCGUGCAGAUGGAGAGGCACCUGGUGCGUCCCCCGCCGGCGUGCCCCGAGCCCAGCUGCCUGCCGCUGGACUCUGGCACCGCCCACAUCAUGACACGGGACGUGUGGCUGCGAGUCUUCACCUUCCUGAGUCACAGAGAGCUCUGCGUCUGCAUGAGGGUCUGCCGCACCUGGAGCCGCUGGUGCUGCGAUAAGAGGCUGUGGACUCAGAUCGACCUGAGCCGGCAGCGCUCCAUCACCCCCCCCAUGCUGAGCGGCAUCAUCCGCCGGCAGCCCGUCUCCCUCAACCUGGGCUACACCAACAUCUCCAAGAAACAGCUGAUGUGGCUCAUCAACCGCCUGCAAGGUCUGCUGGAGCUGAAUGUGUCGGGCUGCCCGUGGGCGGCGGUCUCCGCUCUGUGUCAGGCCGUGUGCCCCUGCCUGAAGCUGCUGGACCUCAGCAGAGUUGAGGACCUCAAAGACUCUCACCUGAGAGAGCUGCUGGCGCCCCCACCUGAUACCAGGACAGCCCACGGGGAAACCAGAGCGGGGCGUUUCCAGAAUGUGACAGAGCUGCGUUUGGCGGGUUUGGACCUGACGGACGCGUCGUCCCGCCUACUGAUGCGUUAUGUUCCUCGCCUGGCCAAGUUGGACCUGAGCCACUGCGGGAACAUCACCGACCAGACGGUGCACACGCUCACCUCCCACAUCUCCCCCCUGAGAGAGAGCCUCACCCACAUCAACCUGGCAGGUUGUGUUAAGGUGACGGAGCAGUCCAUCCCGCUGCUGCGCCGCUGCACCUCCCUGCAGACGGUCGACCUGCGCUCCUGCUCGCUCCUCUCCUCUGAGACCGGACAGCUGCUCUCCUUCCCCUCCAAUGCCACCACCUCCUCCUCCUCAUCUUCUUCCUCUGCUACCACCACCACCAGUGUCGCCGCUACAUCCUCCUCCACGCCUGCCGCCUCCUCCUCCUGUCCUCCUGAAGACAGAACGCUGCUAAAGAACAGCUAAAGUCCGCCUUCAUGUUAUGUGACACUCAAGUCCAGGUGGCCUGUGAGCCCGGCCUCGCUCCUCAUUACACUACAGACAGGUGAGGAGGAGGAGGAGGAGUUGUGCAGCACUGCUCCUGACGCUGGAAGAGGAGGAGGGACGUAUUUUGGGAAAAAGUUGUUGGUUAUAGUUAAAAAUAGAAACCCUGAGCAUGUAUAUAUUUGUUCUCUGUAUAAUUUGGGUGUGUGUAUAUAUCUGUAGGUUACUGUAAAUGACCCCUGACCUUUGAA